CCAGUUCACGGUCGUGAACAUCUUGAGUUCGCGGUCCAUGGCUUCAGUUCACGGUCUUACGAUCGUGAACUGACUCGGCGUCAGUAACUUCCAAAACCUCUAUAGACGCCCUUCAGUUUGCAGUUUGUGACUUCAGUUCACAGUCCUGGCGACCGUGAACUCACAGAUUGGACCGUGAACAACAGCUAUUUCCUCCUCUUUGCCCGAUCCCCGCGCCAUUUCUUCCAACUUUCGACUCCGGGGUUGGUUCCACCUGUUAGACUCUGACAGACAUUGAAACACAGCAACCCUAGCGUAAAACCACCCUUUGUGGAGCUCAAAUGCUGGAAAUGCCAAAGAGAAAUGGGGAUAAAAAGUGUACAUUUAGGCCCGAAUCACUCCCCCACACUCAAACGUUUGCUUGUCCCCAAGCAAACCAUUUCACACAAGGUAAUAUCUCAACCAAACAAAAGACCUUGGGGACAACUCAAAGGGCACAAAGUGGGGAUUCUCAAUGGCUAUUGGCAAUUAACACAUGGACUGUUGCAAGCGAUACCGACAUCCACCACAAACAAUAUUCGAUACCACAAAAAAUGGGCAAACAAAAAGUUCUCACCUUGUUCAUGAAUCAAUGCAAGUCCCAACAAGAUCACUCAUCAACCACAACUAACCAUGCAUAACAUUCAAUUCCAAGGAAUGAACGAAUGGGCAGCAAAGGUCCUCACCGGGGUAUGAUAUGACAUGCAAAGCAAGAAUGAAUCACUCACUCUCUUGACCAGUGGGGUCGUGACCAUUUGGUGCAAAAAAUGUGCACAAUCAUUAACUCUCGGCCUUAACGUAUCUUCACCAUGGCAGAAAAAUCUAAAUGCUAGAGUUCACGAGAUGGUUGUCAUCACUAGCUUGUCCGGAGGUCUUAUACAUGGGCUCAAAUGACUGGCAAUUGUCUUGGACAUGGUGAAACACAACAUGAGGUCCUACAUCUUCACCUUAAAAACGAAGGUUAUAUGGCUUCGACUAAGAACCUUCCUAGAAACAAUGGCCACUAGCAUCGGCCAAAAACCUUACUUCUUCCUUCCAAACUAUCACCCAUUACGAACCACAUUCAAGCACACUUCCUUGGCCUACUCUUGCUAUCACAUUUCGAACAUAGUAUUGAAGGAGUUCAACUAUAAUAUGGGUGUUUUAAUGGCUUGAGUGCCAAGAAAACCCUCAUAUUUAUUGUUUAUAUUAGGGGUGAAAAAUAAUUUAAAAGGGGAAAAAUACAAGUAGCGUCACAAAUUCGGUUUGUGUGAAAUUCCAAACUGAACUGAAUUAUAAUUCGGUUUAGACCGACUAAACCAAAUUAUAAUUCGGUUCGAAUUCGAUUUGAGGUUUGGGGGAGUUCGGGGACCCGGUAUUCAUAAUUUGACCGAACCGACUGAAUGCCCACCCGCACCUCCAAUGCCCGCAUCAUGGAUUUGAAGAACAUUUUCGGAUUGAGAACUUCUAUGGUGGUCUCCUUCAAGAUGACAAGAUCCUCAUUGUCUCUCUAUGUCAAGGGAAAUUGAUGAACAUGACAUUACUCCACCCCAGGUGACCCAAAUGCUGGAAGAUAUGGCGACAAAAGGGUACGAUUGGGGCUUGACAAGAAGUGGUAGAAGGGAUACCAAAGAGGAGUAUGUUCGGUGGAAGCAAGUCCUCCGCUUGCCGUUAAGAUUGAUCGUUUGAUUGAUGCUCUCCUUGAAGAUAAGAAGCAAGGGAAGAAGACAUUGAUGUCGUGCGAUUGGUGUUCGAGUACCAACCAUAUGAUUUCGGAGUGCCAAUUGAUGAAGGAAGCCAGCACCCCCGAGGAACAAGUGAGCUUCAUCGCUAAUGCUAGGAACAACAAUCCUUAUAGCAACACUUAUAACUUGGAGUGGCAAAACCAUCCAAAUUUCCCAUGGUCUUCCCCAAGUAAUCCGAGACCCCCCGUUUUCCAAGGAUCGACAUGGAAUUAUCAACCAAGGCCUUCCUUCAUUCAACAAAGGCCGCAAUUCCAAGGCUCAAACUUCCAACAACCAUUCCAAGCUAAAGGUUGUCGAGGGUUCUAAGAACAACCCGAUUAUUUUGCAAAGCUUGAAGACCUAGUGACCACCUUUGUGAGCACGAGCACUCAAAAGUUCGAGAAGAUUCACCUAUUUAUGGAUGUGGAAACAACAAAGUUUUCUUCGGUUGAGGUAGGAUUGAAAAGACACCAAGCGAGUAUUCAAAACUUGGAGACUCAAAUCGGCAACCUUGCCGGGAUCCUCACCAAGAGACCAAGGGGAGCCCUACCCUCUCAAAAUAUUGUCAACCCCAAAGAUCAAAAUGCCGAUUGCAAUGCUAUUCUUUUGAGGAGUGGAAAGGUGACCCCGGAAGUUGUUGUUUAGGAAGUGACCGAAGAAGAGAAGACUCCUCCAACGGGCAAUGAUCAAGAAGGCUCGGGAAGAGAGGAAGAAGAUACUAAGAAGGCUGAUGUGAAACAAGAACCUACUUGUGCUUUUGUUCCUUUGGCUGAUGUGAAACAAGAACCUCAGCUCGAUCUUAGUAUAAAGGGAGAGCUGAAAGGAAGAAGAGGGAGCUUCAUUUUUAGGUUAGGUUUUCAUUUUUCAGAAUAAAGAGGAUUCUAGUGA